AUGUUGCUCAAAUCAGUAUUGACACCUGCACUCCUGGCCCUGUCACUGGGCUCGGGUGUCGUGGAUGCCUCCAAGCAUGGCAAAUUCGGACAAAAGGCACGCGCGCCUCAGGAAAGGGCGAAACGAGCCAUUGAGGCUCGGAAUGAGGAGAAUUCGCAUCCUAAGAAGGAUUUUCGCUUUUUGAGCAAGCAUACUAAGCCUUACUUGGUGGACUCCCUACCCGAUGUUCCUUUUGAUCUCGGCGAGAUGUACUCUGGUUUGGUGCCAAUUGAUCAGCAUAAUGAGUCUCGGGCGCUGUUUUUUGUUUUCCAGCCUACAAUCAAUGAGCCUGUUGAUGAAGUCACUAUCUGGCUUAAUGGUGGCCCUGGAUGUAGUUCUAUGGAGAGUUUCUUGCAGGAGACUGGUCGGUUUUUGUGGCAACCGGGUACUUUUGCGCCCGUUGAGAACCCUUAUGCUUGGGUUAACUUGACUAAUGUGCUGUGGGUUGAUCAACCUGUCGGAACGGGAUACUCAAUUGGUACCCCAACUGCCGAUUCUCAAGAGGAGACUGCGCAGGACUUCAUCAAAUUUUUCAAGAACUUCCAGAAGCUUUUCGGAAUCAAGAACUUCAAGAUAUAUGUCACUGGAGAGAGUUAUGCCGGAAGAUAUGUGCCCUAUAUCUCCGCUGCCAUGCUGGAUGAGAAGGACAAGGAAUACUUUGACCUUGACGGUGCAUUGGCAUACGACCCAUGUAUCGGACAAUUCGACUACGUGCAAGAAGAAGUCCCCGUCGUGCCUUUCGUCCAGCAAAAUGCCAAUCUCUUCAACUUUAACGAAUCAUUCAUGGCAGAGCUUGAGAAGAAGCAUAAGUCCUGCGGAUAUGAAGAAUUCAUCGACAAAUACCUCACCUUCCCACCACCCGAACACCAACCCCCGAUGAUCUUCAACUACACCACAGACGCUGACUGUGACCUCUUCGACCUAGUCUAUGACGAAGUCUUCCACAUCAACCCCUGCUUCGACCUCUACGAAAUCAACCUAAUGUGCCCCCUUCUCUGGGAUGUGCUCGCCUUCCCCACCUCACUAGACUACCAAGCCGCAGGCUCAACAGUCUACUUCGACCGCGCAGACGUAAAAGACGCCCUCCACGCCCCAAACAUAACCUGGUCCGAAUGCUCCAACGAAGCCGUCUUCGUCGGCGGCAAUGCCGGCCCCGAACAAGAAGGCGACAUUUCCGCAAACCCAAUCGAGCACGUCUUACCACAAGUCAUCGAAGCUACGAACCGCGUCCUGAUUGGGAACGGUGACUUCGACAUGGUUAUCAUCACGAACGGCACGCUCAUGGCUAUCCAGAACAUGACUUGGAAUGGUCAUCUGGGAUUCCAGGAGAAGCCUUCUACGCCUAUUGAUAUCCAGAUUCCUGAUCUGCUGUAUGCUGAUGUCUUUGCUGAGAAUGGGGCUUCUGAGCUCGAUGGGCCACAGGGUAUUAUUGGUGUUCAGCAUUAUGAGCGUGGUCUUAUGUGGGUUGAGACUUAUCAGUCUGGUCAUAUGCAGCCGCAGUAUCAGCCUCGUGCUGCUUAUAGGCAUCUUGAGUGGUUGCUUAGACGGACUGAGGACAUUUAA